CCGUCACUCAUCGCGUCACGCUUGAAAGCGGAACAACAACAACAACAAAGAUGGCAGCCCCCAUAAAGAAUGCAUCUGACAGCAAGGACAAACCAAAACCAUACCAUUAUGCAACACGAAUUCAACCGACGGAUGAUGUCGUCGAGUUCUUCGUUGAACACAUGACAUCGUGUGACGUGUAUGCAUCAGAUUAUGGCUCGUGUAAAUCAUUUGGUGGAAGAGUCAAUCAGUAUUUUGUAUAUGGAAAGGAACUUGACUGUGAACAUUAUAAGCAUGUGAUGACAGCUUGUGACAACUUCUUGGAGUCUGGGGAAAAAGAAUACAAGGAUUACAUAGUCCAAUAUGAGAAGGCAAAACGUGACUUCCGUGUCACAAACGCAACAGCAAAUAAUGUAUGGGAAUACAGGACCACACCUAACGCUGAAUGGAACAAGCCAUUAAACAGAGUGUCAUUAGAUGAAAUUAGGUCAGAAGAUGAAUGUAUUGCAGCUAGACUUAAUAUGAAUCAAAAUAAUGCAGACAUUCCAAAUGAAAAUACAGAGACUCUUAAGAGCAGUAAUUUCAAUGAGAACUCUAAUAAUAAGGGAGCUAAUUCAAGUGACAGUUCUGAUGAAACUGGAGGUAUAAACAUUACAAAUGAGAAAGUGAAUGCUAGCAACUCUAAGAAAGGCUGGUGCGCAGUGUCUUGAUAAUAAUUGUUUCAUUAGAUGAUGGAUCACAAUAUUUCUUUUCUUUUAAUAUUGGCCUUUUAUUAAGGUCUAUCUGUCAUAUGCCAUUAUUGAGAUACGAGUUACAUUUUAUUUCUGUUUUACAAAAAGGAAGAAGAAAAUUAAAAUUUGUAGUUUAAUAAUAAAUUUAAUUAUCGGUUUGAAAAAGUUAAUAAAUUUAUAAGUUAAA